CAGGUCACAUGAUUCGCCUUGAAGUUUGUUACUUCGUGAAGUUUCAGCCAUGGCGUUACCGGUGGUCAGUCUGAAGAUGAUCAUCGUUGUGCACUGGCUCCUGACAACCUGGGGCUACUUGUAUCCCUGGCUCCCACAAGGUUACCUCUGGAGUAAUUAUGCUGUACUGGCCAUCGGGAUUUGGGCCAUUGCUCAGAGAGACUCUGUUGAUGCUAUUGUCAUGUUUCUGGUUGGCAUAUUGAUAACAAUUCUCAUGGACAUCAUCGACAUUGCAAUCAGCUAUGAUCGUCUAGCUGGUAGACAGCCCGACACUACAUUAAGAGACCAGUUCCGCUUCAGUGUUGGCAUGGCAAUUUUAAGUCUCCUUUUGAAACCGGUUUCUUGUGUUUUUGUGUAUCAGAUGUACAAGGAACGAGGGGGCGAUUAUAACCUAAACUUUGGUUUUCCAGAUUUAACUGGGAAUCGAGAUCGAACUUCGUACCAGACUAUCGAUGGGCCCGAGCCUCCCCACGCACCUGCUGCUUCUGCAGGGAUCAAGAUCUCUCCUGCUGCCUACUAAUAUCAAGCUUUAAAGCACAACUGCACGAAAGUCCACAUGAAUACCUUGUGCCUUAGAUUCAAUAAUCAUUUGUUUUUUUGGAUGUGUGUUGAUGUGUGAAUGAAUUCUGUGAAAAUUUACUGUUCAUCUCUUGCAGAUGAGAUAAUAUCUUGUGACUGUCUGGGAGACAGAUGUCAUUAUCUGUGGUCGGGGGAGGAUGAGAAGAGAAAAUGAAUUGAUCUGAACAGGUUUUUGUGAAUUUUUUAAAUUGGCAGUCAAGUUGAAACUUCAUACCAGGCCAUCGCAAAGAAAUUACAUGGAGUUGAGGUUUGGAGAUUUUUACACAUCAAAAACUUCUGGCCCUGGUGAAUUUAAGUGUGUCUAAUAGGAUCUCGAUUGAAAUGACAGUGGACCAUCAGUCUCGAUUGAAUACAAGAUAUGAAAUGAAAGUUGUUCCCAACUGCAGAGAUGUUAUGGCUCAGUGGUAAUACAAUGCCAUAAUGACUAAAGUGUCAUCAGAUGAAAGUGAUCCCUGCAAACUGGGGUAUUUUAUUGCUGCUGCUUUACAAGCCUUUUCAUUGUAGACAGUGGCCUCUCAACAUGACUUAGCUGUAGAAAGAUUUGUUAUUUACCACAUCUGUGGUCACUUAAUGGUGAUUAGGGUGGGGGAGUCUUGUUUUGUAUGGUAUUGUAGUGUUUUGGUUGGCAGGUGUAACUGUCAAAUGUGGUUGAUUUGCAUGCCAAUGUAAAAGAGCCACUAGCCACCUGCCAUUUAGCCACAGGAACAUUGCCAUCCCAGCAUCCCACAGUUUUGUGUUCCAGCUACUUAAAUUUGUGUUGAUUGAAUUUGUAGUAUAAUUCAAGUUCACGCUCAAGCUUUCUUGCUCAUAGUUAGUUCCAGUUUCGGAGACUUUGUCAUCUAGAGGAUUGUGGUAGCACUGUCUCUGAGGUUUGACAGAAAGGAUAACCAAUUUAAUGCUCCUCUAAGUUUGUCCUCUAAGGUAAUGUCUGGAAUUAAUCUGUUGGAUGGGCAUGGCUAGUGCUUAAUUGCUAUUUUUCAGUGGACAUACAAGCGGCAUUAAGUGCCCAGACUUAGAGUUAUAGAGUUGUAUAAGCACAGAAACAGACCCUUCGGUCCAACUCAUCCAUGCUGACCAGCUAUCCUAAAUUAAUCUAGUCCCCUUUUUCAGCCUCUGGCCCAUAUCCAUCUAAAUCCUUACUAUUCACACAUCCAUUCAGAUGCCUUUUAAAUGUUGUAAUUGUAUAAGCCUCUACCACUCCUUCCAUUCACGCACCACCUUUUGCAUCAAAACGUUGUUCCUUGGAUCCCUUUUACAUCUUUCCCCUCUUGUUUUGGACUCCCCCACCCUGGGGAAAAGACAUUGUCUUUUUACCCUAUCCAUGCCCCUCAUAAUUUUAUAAACCUAUAUAAGAUCACCCCCUCAGCUUCAGACGAUCCAGGGAAAACAGCCCCAACCUGUUCUGCCCAGCUUGUUCUGGCCUGAAAGUGAUUCCAGAAUUAGCUAUUUGUGAGUUGUAGCUUUAAGCUGUUACACACAGUAUACUGUACUCUUCACCCACAGUGCAUGGUGAACCGGAUAGCAUGUUUGGAACAGGUGAAGGUUUGUUGGAUAGAUUAGUCUUUUUUUUGUGCUAUUUGUUCCAGACUUGGAAACAGACUUCAUUUGUAGUUAGGAAUUGUUAUUUGUGGUCUCAAUUUCCUAUUGCUGCCAUUGGUUUGAAUUAUGUUUACAAUUUUAAGUUCUCUAUUCUGCCAAAAUUACACCCAUUUCUGUAAAUUUAAUGUGUAAAGUAAUUUUUUAAAAUGCUAUUAACUACUAAGUAACUUGAUUUUACAAUGCUGCAUAAUUAGGUAAGGACGAGAGAGAGAGAAUCAGCAGGGACUGAAACCAACCCAAACAGUUGUUGGGGAAUUGCUACUGUUGCCAAUUGGAUAUAAUAAAGUAAUUUUUUUGCAGCGCCCUCCUCAAGAUCAUUGCUAGCCUCUACAUGUGAUUCUAUUGCCAUGGGAACAAGAGCAGGUAUUAAUCUUGGGCUCACUGUAUGUGCACGAAGGUGUACAUCACUGUGUAAUUUUAUUCAAUUAUGUGCCAUUUGUUCUGAUUUUAGUGCCUAGUUACUGUCAGCAUUCUGAAUGGUAUAAUUGUGAAAUGUAUCUAUUAUUGCUAUUAAAAUCCACUAAAAUGGACUUACUGCUGUAA